AUGAAAUAUAGCGGGCUAUAUUUCGUCUCCAACCCUUCCACCAACAUCGACGCCUCGCUCGCUAUCGUCAACACCCUCAUCCAAGGCAUCGAGACCAGCUUCCCAAACACCACACGACAGCAAACACCAUGGUCACUAUCAUACCGUGCAUUUCGCGACACCAUACCUCCGGGUUACCAGCCACCUGCGGGUGCAGACGGUAAACAAGAGCCAUACGUACAUUCAUACCAGCACCUCCUCCACCUUUCGAGCCUCUCGCCGAACCGCACAUAUGUCUUUGCACAACCGCGAGCGCAACAGGAAACUAUGACGUCGAUACCGCUGCGACAACAAGACGCACAUGCCUCAGUAUUGCGAUACCAAUCUUCCGCUCUGUGGACGCCGAGACACAUACUCGCGGUGCGAGAGGGGGCAUCAUAUAGCGGGGGCCUCUGUUCGAUACAAAUCGGCGAACUACGAGCGACUCGCGAAGGUCCGCAGUCAGGCGCUAUCUCAUCACCCGGCGUCGUGGUCUGCAUUAGCACAACGUUGGGCGCUGAGGACACUGAUGGCAACCUGGAUUCAGGCUAUGGCACAAUGGAGAAUGGUACAGCGAUGGAAGUGGACGAAGAGGAAGUCGACAUUGAGUAUGCGCAGGCUGUGGUGCGCGACUGCUGGAGUAGGAUCAAAGAUGGGCGCGAUCUGGGCCGGUCAGAGAUCAGGGAAGUGAUGAUGGCUUCGACCACAACGAAUAAAAAGGGCCAGGAGCAGGAGACGACGGUGCGCAUGUGGUGCGAUGCUCUGCGCAUGCGCGGAUGA